AUGGUGAAGGACGUUAGAGCGCCGGGCUUCCGCGAGAAAUGGCGGCAGGACGUGCCGGUGCUAUACGAUUGGUUCUUCAACCACCACCUCAUGUGGCCCUCGCUCUCCUGCCGGUGGGGCCCGGUGCGCGCGGAGCACGGCGCGUACAGCGAGCAGUACGUGUACAUCAGCGAGCAGACCGACGGCACCGCGCCCAACACGCUUCUCCUCGCCAACGUCGCCGUGGCGGACAACGAUGCAGUGGCACCCAGCCUGCUAGCGGACUUCGAGGAGGACGACCCAUCGGCACUGGUGGGAGUGCUCAAGGCAGUGCAGCACCCGGGCGAGGUCAACCGCAUCCGCGAGUUGCCACAGUUCCCGCAGAUCCUCGCCACGCACACGGACGCACGGGACGUGUUCAUCUGGAACAUGGAGUCGCAGGACGACCGCAGGAAUGACGCCAAGGGGGACGGCACUGCCUCCGACAAGCCGUCUGUGCCCGACCUGGUGCUGCGGGGGCACACGGACGUGGCGCAGUUUGCGCUGGCGACAGCGGCGAGCGACCCGUUUGUGCUGAGCGGGGGCACGGACCGGCACGUGGUGCUGUGGGGCCUGCAGGACCACGUCUCCAAGGCCAGCACCGACGAUUCGUCGGAGCUGGCAGCGCCGGUGCUGCACUGCAGGGAGACGUUCACAGGGCACCGGGCGACGGUGGAGGACGUGCAGUUCAGCCCCAGCGACGCACGGCUGUUCUGCUCCGUGGGCGACGACUACUGCCUGCUGCUCUGGGACACCCGCCACGGCACCACGCCCGUCAACAAGGUGGAGCGAGCACACAACGCGGAUCUGCACUGUGUGGACUGGUCGCGGCUGGACGACAGCUACAUCCUGACGGGGUCUGCCGACCACUCGGUGCGCCUGUUUGACCGCCGCAAGCUGCCCACGGCAGGCCACUGCACGCCCGUGCACACCUUCAAGCACCACCUCGACGCCGUCACCUGCGUGCAGUGGCACCCAUCAGCUCGGGGGGUGUUUGGCAGUGCGGGGGACGAUGGGCUCAUCCAGGUCACAGACGCAUCGCACAUCAUGGGGGCACCAGGCGACAAGCCUGGUGGAGGGGCAGCGCAGGGCCGCCAGAUGAACAUGUUCCAACACCUGGGGCACCGGGAGAAGGUGUGUGAGUUCCACUGGAACCCCCAUCGGCCGUGGACGGUGGUCAGCACAUCCAUUGACUCGGGCCGGAUAGGAGGAGGCACCCUGCAGGUGUGGCGUAUGCAUGACCUUUUCCAUCUUCCAGAAGAGGCUGCACAGAAAAAACUCGAAGGCAUGAUUGGCUCAACCCCAAGCAAGAAGUAA